AUGGAUCAUCAGCAGCAUUUAACCAUUAAAUUAAGGGUUAGAGGAAGUCAAGAGGAUAUGCUAGUAUCACUAGUAUAUGCAAAGUGUACUCAAACUGAAAGAUUGGAGUUGUGGGACUCAAUAGAGGAUUUAUCUACUUCAGUUGAUAUUCCAUGGAUGAUUAGGGGUGAUUUUAAUGCAAUAACUUCAGAAGAUGAGAAAUUUGGAGGCCUUCCAGUAACCAUUAAUGAAAUUCAGGAUUUUAGAGGUUGUAUCCAGAACUGUGGAAUAUCAGAUUUGGGGUUUAGUGGCAGCAAAUUUACUUGGUGGAAUGGACAAAAUGGUGAUGAUUUGAAAGCAGCUUUGACACAAUGGAGUAAAGCAAUUUUUGGGAAUAUAUUUCAAGAAAUUAAAGCUCUUGAAGAGAUUAUUAAGGUAAAGGAAACUCAAUUUCAGAAUAUUCCAACUCCUACUAAUAGACAAGAAUUGCAUAAAGUGCAGGCAGAAUUAAACAAAUAUUUACAUCUAGAGGAAGAAUUUUGGAAACAGAAAGCUGGGAUGCAGUGGUUUCAGGAUGGGGAUAGAAAUACAAAAACAUUUCAUGCUCAUGUACAAGAUAGAAGGAAAAGGAUGCAGAUAAGAAGAAUUCAAGGAGAAGAUGGAAACUGGAUAGAAGAAGAAGGGGAAAUAAUUGUUGAAGCCAUCAAAUUUUACACUGCUCAGUUUACAAAGGAAGAAGACCCCAAAAGAUUUUGA